AUGCUUAAAUACAGACCGUGCCCAGUGAACUUAUCGGAGUUCCCCGCCUACGUUGAAAACAUGCACAAAGACAGUAAUCUUUUAUUCGCGGAUGCUUACAAGCUUCUGAAAGAAAAGAGUCCAUCUUAUCCUGUGACGGCCGCCAAUUCCGAGAACAGUAGGCCAAAGAACCGUUACACCAACAUCAUGCCUUAUGAUCGGUCAAGAGUUAAACUGCGUCCACUAGACGACGUGGCAGGUUCCGAUUUUAUCAAUGCCAACUAUAUUCCCGGAUACACCUCUCGACGAGAAUACAUAGCAACCCAAUGUCCAAUGAAUAUGACGUUUGAUGACUUCUGGCGCAUGAUAUGGGAACAAAAUGUGGACACUAUUGUCAUGCUUACAAGACUCGUUGAAAAGGGACGAAGAAAAUGUGACCAGUAUUGGCCAAACCUGAACGAUCCGGUCUUCUACGGUGAUCUUAUUGUCUCCAUCCAGUCCGAGUCCAACCUUUCCCACUACACGCUACGGAUUUUUGAAGUUAGAUUUAAAAAAGAAUGCCGCACUGUAAAACACUUUUGCUACUUGAAUUUUCCCGAUAUGGGAUGCCCAGAAGACCCAAAGAUGCUUCUAGAUUUUGUGAAGACUGUCCGAGAACACAAAGUUAAGCCUGGAAAUGAUAAUGCCACUGUUGUGCAUUGCAGUGCUGGGGUUGGGUGGACCGGAACCUACAUUGCCGUUGAUCAUCUUCUUCAACACAUUCGUGACCAUGACGACGUAGAUAUCUAUCAAAUAGUUCUGGACAUGAGGGAACACCGGUGCAACAUGGUGCAGACUGAGGACCAGUAUGUAUACAUCCAUGAAUGUCUGAAAGCGUUCAUAACAACGGACGAUGAGACCGAGUACGAAGAGGUGGAGGAGCCUGUUUACCAGAACACAAAAUUUGGUGGUGACAGUACCUACGAAAACACGGCAUUUCAGAAAGACUAG